CUCAGCUUUUCUUCGGCUGCAUUUCUCGAUUUUUGCUAUAAAAUUUCGUAAGUUUCAUUUUCUACAAAGGUGUUUGUAAUAUGCUUCAAAAAGGUCCACGUGCAUUGGUUUUAUGUGGGCCAUCGGGAAGUGGAAAGAGUACACUGAUAAAGCAGAUGUUCGAGGAAUUUCCAGAGAAGUUUGGCUUCUCUGUUUCUCAUACCACUAGGAAACCCAGGCCUGGCGAAGAAGAUGGAAAGCAUUAUUAUUUUACAAACAAAGAAAAAAUGCAGAAACAGAUAGAACAGGGUGAAUUCCUCGAAACUGCCACAUUCAGUGGAAAUUUGUAUGGCACUAGUAAACGAGCAGUGGAAGAUGUACAGAGAGAAGGUAAAAUCUGUGUAUUAGAUAUUGACAUGCAAGGGGUGAAACAGAUCAAGCAAAGUUCUUUAGAUCCAAUCUAUGUGUUUGUUAAACCACCAUCCAUGGAUGAGCUAGAGAAAAGAUUACGAGAUAGGCAGACAGAAACAGAAGAGUCUUUGCAACGUAGAUUGUCUGCUGCAAGGACAGAAAUAGAAUACGGUGAGAAACCUGGUAACUUUGAUAUGAUCAUUAUAAAUGACAACCUUCCUAAGGCUUAUGAAGAAUUAAAAGAAUUUAUACUUACAAACAUACAACAAAAAUCGGAAGCAGAAUCUUAAAUGAAUGCUUCCCAAGGAUAUACACUUUACUUGAUAUUAGAUCGUAAUUAUUUUUCUACAUCGUUAUGUGACACAUAGUAAUCAGUGGUUACUAUACGAUGAAGUGCACGACGAAACUCAUGUCCAAAGGACGAAUCGCGGGAUUUGAGAAUAAUGUUAGGUAGAUAAUUUUAUACAGUAGUAAGUUGAUUUUAAAUAUCGAAGAGUAAGUAUUGUAUAGGUACAGUACGCUUGAAAUUUUUUAUGCGUAGAAUAAUAUAAAAAUUCGACUAAUAAUUACUUAACUAGAAACACGUAUUAGAUGGAAGUUAUAAAUUCCUACAGUUUUUGACUAAAGUGAAGGGAAAG